AAGAAAACAACAGGCACAUUUGCAAAAAUACGACACAAGCCAGCUGUUAUGACUUCGAGUAAAAUACAACUCCUCGGAGAAGUAAGGACGGACGCCGCUGAGCUCAUGGCAUCUCUCAAUCUGAUGCCUUCGCCCGUGCUGAAUCCGGAGAUAAAGUACACCAAGAUUUUCAUUAACAACGAAUGGCAAAACUCUGUGAGCGGAAACACCUUUCCUGUUUACAACCCGUCCAACGGAGAGGAGAUCUGCGAAGUUCAGGAGGCGGAGAAGGCGGAUGUGGAUAAGGCCGUGGGAGCAGCGCGGCUGGCCUUCUCCCUGGGCUCGGUGUGGAGGAAGAUGGAUGCCUCGGAGCGCGGGAGACUGCUGUCCAAGCUGGCUGACCUGGUGGAACGGGACAGCGUCUACCUUGCAACACUAGAAGCCCUGAACAGCGGAAAACCCUUUCUCUCCGCCUUCCAUGUGGAUCUGCAGGGAACCAUAAAGACACUGAGAUAUUUCGCUGGCUGGGCGGACAAGAUCCAUGGCUUGACCAUUCCAAUGGAUGGAGAUUAUUUUUCGUUCACCAGGAAUGAACCCAUCGGCGUGUGUGGACAGAUCAUACCAUGGAACUUUCCCCUGCUGAUGACGGCAUGGAAGCUGGCCCCGGCACUGUGCUGUGGGAACACCGUGGUCAUAAAGCCAGCCGAGCAGGACCCCUCAGCUUGCCUCUACAUGGGGGCCCUCGUCAAAGAGGCCGGGUUUCCACCGGGAGUCGUCAAUAUUUUGCCGGGAUUCGGGCCAACGGCAGGAGCCUCCAUCGCCUCGCACAUGGGCAUAGACAAAGUGGCCUUCACCGGAUCGACUGAGGUUGGAAAGCUGAUCCAGGAAGCCGCUGGUAGGAGCAACUUGAAGAGAGUGACACUGGAGCUGGGAGGGAAGAAUCCCAACAUCAUUUUUGCAGAUGCUGAUUUGGAUGUGGCGGUGGAGCAGGCCCACCAGGGCGUGUUCUUCAACAACGGGCAGUGCUGCACCUCGGGGUCACGGCUGUAUGUGGAGGAGCCCAUCUACGACGAGUUUGUGUGCCGGAGUGUGGAGAGAGCUAAGAGGAGGGUAGUGGGGAGCCCUUUUGACCCCACCACUGAGCAGGGCCCGCAGAUCAGUCAGGAGCAGCAGAGCCGCGUUCUGGAGCUCAUCCACAGUGGGAUUAGCGAGGGGGCGCGGCUGGAGUGUGGAGGCAAAGCCCUGGGGCUGAAGGGGUUCUUCAUCGAGCCCACCGUCUUCUCAAACGUCACCGACGACAUGCGCAUCGCCAAGGAGGAGAUUUUCGGCCCGGUUCAGCAGAUUAUGAAGUUCCAAACCAUAGAGGAAGUCAUCGAGCGAGCCAACAGCUCGGACUACGGCCUGACCGCGGGCGUGUUCACCAAUGAUAUCAACAAGGCCAUGACCGUGUCCACGGCCAUGCAGGCUGGCACGGUUUGGAUAAACUGUUUUAAUGCCCUGGGCUCGCAGUGUCCGUUUGGAGGAUUCAAAAUGUCUGGAAACGGGCGAGAAAUGGGUGAGUAUGGCUUGAGGGAGUACUCAGAGAUCAAGACAGUCACGAUGAAGGUGCUGGAGAAGAACUCGUAGUGGGGUGCACCAUGAACAGAGGACUGUGCCACAGUGGGAACCCCGAUUUCUGCCCUUCUCCACCCGUUAUACUGCAGCACCCAGACUGGCGAUGGAGGUCAUUCUAAUGACCCCAGCCCUCUGCAGUGUACACCGGCUGCUGAAACACCUCACCCAUGCCACUGCCCCCUACUGGUAACUUACGUUAACGCAGGGAGAGGGAAUGGGUGUGGGAGAGAGGGUGUUUCAAAGGUAUACUGAGUGUAAACCUUGCCCUCGAUGUGAUUCUUACCACCAGCGUGAAGUAAACAUUGUGAAAAAGCAAAUUGAUUUUAUUACCUAGAAAUCCAACAAUCACAAGCAGCACAGAUGGAAAAAGAAUGAAGUUUUUGUUUAUGCCUUUUGGAUGUCCCACAAAAGCACUUACAGUGGAGUGACCUUAACUACUCUGAAGUAACUGAAAGCGCAACAAAUAAACUGCAGCUGGCUAACUUAACAAAGAUGAACCCCCGAGCCUCAGCAUGGGUGUCAGUAGAAUGGCUCCUUCACAAGCCUGGGUUUCGAUUGGUUAGCUAGCCAGCAAGCUGUAAACUGUUAAUGGAGAAAACUUUUUACAGCGGCUGGUUGAUUAGAUUGCUUGCUGCUCUGAAUGAGGGGAAUGUGAGACUCUGGGACUUUGAAUGAAGACAUUUUUACAUGUUAAAUUUCACACAAUAUUUUAGUUGAUAUAGUGCACUGCGGCCAUGCAAGACUGUUUGAGUAGUCUCUUAAGUGUCUGGGUAUUGUGAAUUUGAGUCUUUGUGUCUUUUUAUGAAAAUAUUGUGACAUAGACUGUAGUGAGAUUUGUGGCAAGGUAGUAUCUGGCUAACUGAAAAAAUACUUUCACAGGCAAACAGACGUUCUCGUAAAGCUUUUC